CGCGCCUCCUCCGUCAUGCAUCUCCUGGCUUCCCGGCCGGAGGACUGCAGACGUCACGCGUUGCCCCUGACGGCCCCGCCCCCUUGGCCCGCCAACUGGACAGCUGAGCACAGUGAUUGACAGGGCUGAUGGACACCCAGAUCUCUGACUUGGGACAGAGGACUUGUGAACCCCACAGGAACAUUUGGGUAUCCUCACCAGGCCAAUGAGAUAUGCAAAUGAUCCCCUUACCUCAUUGGCUGCAGGCCUGAGGACCACAGAUGACCUCAGAGAGCUGGCCCUUUAAGAGUGCCCUGUGGGCUCAGUGCCCACAGCGCCUUGUUCUGAGCACAGAGGCACCAGACCCUGAUCAAUGGGGUCUCCAGUCUCUGAGGAAACUGUGCCUGCCUGGCUCUGACACUGACCACAUCAUCUUUACCAUCCCCCAAGUGCACCCCUCCCAAUCCAGCCCCAGAAUGGCACUGCCUCCCAGCCCCCUGGCUAUGGAAUACGUCAAUGACUUUGACUUGAUGAAAUUUGAGGUAAAGCGGGAACCCUCUGAGGGGCGAUCUGGCCCCCCAACAGCCUCACUGGGCUCCACACCCUACAGCUCAGUGCCUCCUUCACCCACCUUCAGUGAUCCAGGCAUGGUGGGGGCCACUGAGGCCCCCCGGCCAGGCCUGGAGGAGCUGUACUGGCUGGCCACCUUGCAGCAGCAGCUGGGGGCUGGGGAGGCACUGGGCCUGAGUCCUGAAGAGGCUGUUGAGCUGCUGCAGGGUCAGGGGCCAGUCCCUGUUGAGGGGCCCCACAGCUACUACCCAGGAAGCCCGGAGGAGACAGGAGCCCAGCAUGCCCAGCUGGCGGAGCGGUUUUCGGACGCGGCGCUGGUGUCGAUGUCUGUGCGGGAGCUAAACCGGCAGCUGCGGGGCUGCGGGCGCGACGAGGCGCUGCGGCUGAAGCAGAGGCGCCGCACGCUGAAAAACCGCGGUUACGCGCAGGCCUGCCGCUCCAAGCGGCUGCAGCAGCGGCGGGGGCUAGAGGCUGAGCGCGCCCGCCUGGCCGCCCAGCUGGACGCGCUGCGGGCCGAGGUGGCCCGUCUGGCCAGGGAGCGCGACCUCUACAAGGCUCGCUGUGACCGGCUGACCUCGAGCGGCCCCGGGGCCGGGGACCACGCCCACUUCUUCCUCUGAGUUGCUAGGGGCCGCCGAGUGGUGUAGUAGGUGGGUGGGGGACACCACCUAGAAGGCCACUUUGCCAUUCACUAGAUGGUUACUAGCGCCUUCUGGUGCCACUCUAUUGUAUGACUACAUAAAUAUGCCCGAACUUCCUGGACCCUCAAGGCAUGCUCCGACGUUAGAGGCUGGUCAUUUUCUGGGAGAGAGGUCUUCGCAGGCAGGCAGCAUACACAGCCCUCCACCUCCUGUUCCGCCCCACUUGACCAGGACACUGAGAUCUGGAGGAGCCGGUGCCCGGACUGUUGUGGUGGGGGGCGGGUAAGAAGAGGCGCGGAUGAUAGCUGGGUGACAGUGAAUGGGAGGAGAGGGAGUGGUGUGACUUCCCCCUCAGUUUAGAUUUUAAUUCAAGGUUUUCAACCUGUAGUGCAUUAAGGUGGUAAUUAGCAAUGAAGCAGUAUUUUCAUUCUGAGGCUUGUAAACACCCCAUUUUAAGACUACUGCAUUUUUCAAGAUUUCAAUCACCAACAAGACAGACUAGGAACUCUAUCCAUGAGGCUUUCAUCCUAUCCAACCCAGUGGCCUCCAGGGCCCAGAACAGCAAAGGUCUGAGGAACUGUAGGGGUGGUUGGUGCCGACUGGGAGAGAAUUCUGGGCAGGAGUCUGGAGACCUGGGUGCUAGGGCCAGCUCUGCCACAGGAUACCUCUGUCACCUUGAGAAAAUCACUUGCUCCCUGGGUUUUGGUUACCUCAUCUAAUCCUGGAUUGGAUGACUUCUGACACCUUUCCAGUUUUGGCAUCUCCUGGGUGUAGGAGCCCCAAGAGUCUUCCCAAGAACCCCCCAAGACAACCUCACCAAAGGGACUUCCUGUCCUGCUCCUGCUUCCUGAUUGCAGCCUACGCGGUGGAUGAGCCCAUGCGCUGCUCCUCUGCUGCUCUCUCCAAGCUGCCUUGGCCUCCAGACCUGCAUAGGGUACCCUUGCUACCUCCUGCCUUGCUGAGGGCUGAGGUGAGCCUUUGCCCAGCAUGACAAGAUGCUGAAAGAGUGUGGUUUUUGUGAAUUAAACUUGAAGUUCAGGCAGAACUUUA